AUCCAGGAUUUAUACCUCCACCAGGUGUUCCACCAUACGGUGAAACGCCACCGCCAGUUAAUUCAGAAUUCGGCGGAGUACAUCCACUAGGUCAACCAGGCAUGUACGUGCCCGGGUACGCGGAAGAUCCUAUGCACAAUGAGGUCAAGGGAUUUGAGUUCAGUAACAAAACUAUCAGAAAUGGCUUUAUUAGGAAAGUGUAUAGUAUCUUGAUGUGUCAGUUGCUCAUCACACUUGGGAUGAUCAGUCUGUUCCUUUAUCAUGAACCGUCACGGAAAUGGAUUAUGAGACACACAGAAAUGUUUUGGAUUGCUUUUGUUAUAACUAUCGUUCUGAUUAUAUGUAUGUCUUGCUGUACCAAUGUGAGACGUAAAGCUCCGAUGAACUUUAUCUUCUUGUUCUUAUUUACAUUUGCGGAGGCUUUCCUGCUGUCCAUGGCUGCAUCAACGUACAACUCUAAGGAAGUCAUGCUGGCCGUUGCAAUUACAGCCGUGGUUUGUCUAGGAUUGACGAUAUUCGCAUUUCAGACAAAAAUCGAUUUCACCGGAUUGCACAGUGUCUUGUUCGUCGCUGUGCUCAUUUUACUUAUUUUCGGUAUAAUCGCAAUAUUCUGGCACGGAAAGAUUAUGACUAUAGUUUACGCCGCGCUCGGUGCGCUAAUAUUCUCUCUAUAUCUGAUUUUGGAUACACAAAUGAUAAUAGGCGGAAAACAUCAAUACUCUAUCUCACCGGAAGAGUACAUCUUUGCUGCGUUGAGUCUGUAUCUGGAUGUCAUCAAUAUCUUCCUGUACAUUUUAACUAUUAUUGGCGUUUCGCGCUAAUUGAUGUCAAUUAUAUGAUAUUUUAACUUAUGUUACAAUUACUAAAGGAUACACAGUCAGUUUUUAUUUAUCGCUGUCCUGCUUUCCAUUAUUGUCCUGAGAGCGAACUGUAUUAUAAACAAUGAAGUUAUGAAGAUGCA